AUGGCGGCGGCCCAGGGCGGAGGGGGGGCGGCGCGGCCGGAGCUCGGCCCGGAGGCGCCGGGCUCGGCGACCGUGGAGCCGGCGGCGGCGGACUCGGCGGUGCCGAGCCCUGCGGUGCAGCGGGCCGAGCUGAGGCCACUGAUGGCCGCGUCCAUGAGGCUGGGGGAGUCCUGGUACCUGCUGUCCAGCCGCUGGUUCGGUCUCUGGAAGCGCUACGUGGGGUACGACAGGUGGGACGUGUCCGGCGUGGGCGAUCCCAACCUCUUUCCUGGGCCCAUCGACAACGCGUGUCUGCUGAACGAUGGGGAAAGUCAGAGCUUAAAGGAGCACCUCAUCGCUCAGCUGGACUACGUGCUGGUGCCCAGCAGCGCCUGGCAGAAGCUGGUUUCGUGGUAUGGCUGCAUCGAGGGACAGCAGCCCAUCGUGAGGAAAGUGAUGGAAUUUGGUCUGUAUGCAAAGCACUGUGAGGUUGAAGUUUAUCCUCUUGAGCUGAAGCUGUGUGAGAGCAGCAGUGCUUCCAACGUGAUCAGCUGCUGCUUCAGCAGAAGAGAUAGUGUUGCCACUCUUGUGAAAGAAAUUCGGAAACUAUUUCAAAUCCCAGCUGAGAAGGAUGUGAGGUUAUGGAGCAGCCAUUUUGAUGGCUCCUACGAGCAGCUCAGCGAUUUGGGUGUCACCCUAGAAGAUGCAAACAUCUAUCAUGGGGAGCUUGUCCUAAUAGAAGUGAAAAAUGAAGAUGGCACGUGGCCUCAACAUCCUUUCCUUACAAAGUCAAGCACUGCAACUAGCAGAAACUUUUCUACCUCUUCAAAACCCUCAGCAAGUUCUUACUCCUCAGCAUCUGCCACGUCUGUCAUUACUAACGGUGAUAGCAGUAAUUCCUAUGGACUGAGCAGCUCCAGCCUAGGCAGGGGAGGUUCUGGAUUUGCCUGCAACUCUUACAGCAGCAGGGACUCAGCUUCCCUGUCCCAGCCCGGCCUUUGUGGACUCAGUAACCUUGGGAAUACUUGCUUCAUGAAUUCUGCAUUACAGUGUCUGAGCAAUACUCCUCCUCUGACUGAGUAUUUCCUGGAAGAUAAAUACGAAGCUGAAAUAAAUCACAGCAACCCCUUGGGGAUGAGAGGAGAAAUUGCAGAAGCCUAUGCAGAACUCAUUAAGCAGAUUUGGUCUGGGAGACAAUCUCAUGUGGCCCCACGUAUGUUUAAAACACAGGUUGGCCGAUUCGCUCCUCAGUUUUCAGGAUACCAGCAGCAAGAUUCCCAGGAGCUCUUGGCUUUUCUUCUAGAUGGCUUGCAUGAGGAUUUAAAUAGAGUGAAGAAGAAACCUUACUUGGAGCUGAAGGAUGCCAAUGGCAGGCCCGAUUCGGUGGUAGCAAAAGAAGCCUGGGAGAACCACAGACUGCGGAACGAUUCUGUCAUUGUGGAUAUUUUUCAUGGUCUUUUCAAAUCUACCCUUGUUUGUCCCAAAUGCUCCAAGGUUUCUGUGACCUUUGAUCCCUUCUGUUACUUAACCCUUCCACUGCCUUUGAAGAGAGAUCGUCUCCUGGAAGUUACCCUGGUGUUUGCAGACCCGCAGCGCAGACCUGUCCAGUACCGGGUUGUGGUGCCAAUGAUGGGGGCCAUCUCAGAUCUCUGCGAAUCACUCUCCAAACUUUCUGGGGUUCCUGCAGAAAACAUGGUGGUGACAGAUGUGUAUAACCAUCGGUUCCACAAAAUCUUCCAGGCGGAUGAAGGUUUAAAUCACAUCAUGCCGAAAGACGACAUCUUUGUAUACGAAGUCUGCAAGCCAAGUGAAGAUGGCUCAGAGUACAUUACUUUCUCUCUUUACUUUCGGGAGAAGGCAGUGAGGCAAUCCAGCAGCACUUCAGGGACCAUACUCUUUGGUCAGCCACUGCUGAUAUCUGUGCCAAAGCACAAGCUCACUGUGGAUCACUUGUAUGGUGUUGUUUUGGAGCGGAUCAGUCGCUACGUGAAACUCCCCGUGGCAGAAGAAUACUCCACACCUUGCCCAGGCAGAGGAGCGUGCAAUGGCUCCAGCAGUGUGGCUGAAGGUGACAUUGAAGAGAUGGAGCAUCAGGAUGAUGGACCGGAAUGCAGGGAGAAGCUGGCAGAAGUUGAUCCCUGCCACACUGAGGGUUGCAUGCAGGUUGAACCAACGAGAGACGUGCAGCCUUGUAAGAAGCAGCAUUUCACUUUUAGCCUUGUGAAUUUAUAUGGGACCUCUGAGAUAAACUCCAUUGUAGAAGGAAAACUCUUGAAAUUGAAUGCUUUUUCUACACUUGCUAUUGACUGGGAUUCUGAUACACGGAGGCUGCUCUUUGAUGAACAGGAGGCACAGGCGUGUGAAAAGCAUGCAAGUGUGUUACAACCACAGAAGAUGAAGGCAGUGGUAGCCCUUAAAGACUGCAUAGAGCUCUUUACUACAAUGGAAACUCUCGGUGAACACGACCCUUGGUAUUGCCCUAACUGCAAGAAGCAUCAGCAGGCCACAAAGAAGUUUGACUUGUGGUCUUUGCCCAAGAUUUUGGUAGUGCAUCUGAAACGCUUCUCAUACAGCAGAUACUGGAGGGAUAAACUCGACACUGUUGUGGAAUUCCCGAUCAGGGGUUUAAACAUGUCUGAGUUUGUCUGUGACCCAAGAGGAAGCUCCUAUGUCUACGACCUCAUUGCAGUUUCCAAUCACUAUGGAGCCAUGGGAGUAGGCCACUACACUGCCUAUGCAAAGAACAAGGUGAAUGGCAAGUGGUACUACUUUGAUGACAGCAGUGUAUCGUUGGCUUCAGAAGACCAAAUAGUGACAAAAGCUGCAUAUGUGCUGUUUUAUCAGCGCCGAAACGAUGAGGAACAUGUUGCCCCAUCUCCUCCCCAAGAAGAGUGUGAUGGCAUGGAUACCAACUAAGCACCGCCUCCAGCACUCGACCACCAUGUUAGAGGUCCCUCCUGAAGCCACCUCUGAGGCAUCUGAAGUUUUUUCUCUCUUCUGUAGGAGUCGAGCAGAAAAUCUAGCACUGAAAGACUUGGUGCUUGGGGUUACAAAACAGCACUGGAAAGCCAGGAAUAGGUGCUGAAUCUCAGAUAUUUAGAGGCCAAAAAUAAUAUAUAUUGGAGCUUUGAUAAAGUUCUUUUUAAACUCUG